CUGUCCACCACCAGGUGUUGUUCAUUUGGCCCCGACUAAAGAGCACACCAUUAGCGAUUAUAUCUUUAGGUUAAAAUAUACAUUUAAAUACAUUUUGAAUGCGUUAUAUGGCUUACCUUUCGUGGUUUGUUAUUUUACCGCUGUUGACCGCCAUUGAUGGGGGAACACGGCGGAGCUUGGAGGUUUCAAAUCGAACGGCCCGGGUGACGACGAAAGUUUCCCGCCGAGAGACGCCGACUCUUCCGCCGCCCUACCUCCGCCUCCCCGUGUUCGUCGACUCGAGCCUGCCGCUGGUCGAGAGGGAGCAUUUCUCUCCGGCCGUCAGAGGCGCCGGGCACGAGCCCGUUCCCGAGGCCGUCCGGGAGAUCCUGAUCCCGGCGGAGCGGCCCAGCACCGGUCCGCCCGACGUGACGGGGGUUCUUGUGAGGACUUCGUGCAAGAUGAACAAGAUGCUCGUGCAGGUGGAGAGGAGCAUGUUGGGCACCGGUGAAGCACACCCUGCGCUCAGACUGGGGACAUGCCAAGCCAGUAACUCUACGGGGGAUUACCUUUACUUCCAAUAUGACUUUGGCAAGUGCGGAACCAAACGAACGAUAGUCGAUGACCAAGUGGCCUAUUCAAACACUCUACAAUAUGAUCCACCAAAGCUCCAAGGACCAAUCAGAAGAGCUGUGCCCUUCACCCUAUCGGUUGCGUGUCAUUAUAACAGGUACCAGUACACCUACAAAAUUGGCUACAAACCAAAGAUGCAGAUGCGCAAAAUCUUCAAAUCGAUGAAGAACAGAGCCAAAUUCAUUCUGACGCCACGAAAUGCUCAGUGGGAAAGGCUCUCUCCUUCAGAUCAGUACGUGCUCGGAAAGCCCAUGUACUUUGAGGCCGAGGCACCGUCCAUGUCCCAAGACAAAAGACUCUAUGUCCACUCGUGUUAUGUGACUCGCGAGAAGUCACACACCUCCACGCUUCAGUUUCCAGUUGUGAAAAACUUUGGGUGCAUGGUUGAAAGCAAGGACAGUCACUCAAGAUUCAUCCUGUACAAAAACAAUGCUGUGAGAUUCACCGUGGAUGCCUUCUUGUUCAAGGGAAUGACGGACCAGCAGCUCUACAUGCACUGCGACAUGUCCGUGGGCAGUUCUGUGCCCUCAACAACGGUUAAGUCCUGCAACUACGACACAAAAGCAGGAAGAUGGGUCGAGCUGUAUGGAUCAGUCUCCGUUUGCACCUGCUGCGACUCCAGCUGCAGCUCUGCUGCAUCGACAGAGACCAAAAUAAUCAGCAGCAAGCCGUGGACAAUAGAGCCUAAAGUGAAACUCACCACAACCCUGAAGAGGAAGGUGGUUUCAACAACAACAACAACAGCACCACCACCACCACAACCACCACAACCAGAGACGACCAGAGAGGUGACUGUCAGGAGCAUGACUUCCCAGCUUGAAGAGACUCCGAUGGGUAAGGUGGCAGAUGCGGUGAAGGAGGCGGUGUGGCCCUUCAGAGGUGGAGGAGUGCAGUGGGUCGAGAUGGAAGGUGAGGAGACGAAGGGGAAGGGCUCUGCUGUUGUGGAUGAGGAGGAGAUCACAAAUCCGCGCUCAAUAUUUGAAGAAAUCUUUGAUUUUGGCAAAUAAAGCUGACAUAUGAACAGUGAUAA